AUGGCGGAAGCCCAAAGUCGCCAAAAGAGUUAUGCAGAUACAAGGAGAAGAGACUUAUCAUUUGAGUUAGGUGAUUGGGUUUACCUUAAAGUCUCUCCGAUGAAGGGGGUUAAGCGCUUUGGCAAGAAGGGAAAGCUUAGUCCGAGGUAUGUUGGCCCUUUCCAGAUUAUAGAGAAAGUUGGGCUAGUUGCUUAUAGAGUUGCCUUGCCAGACUAUUUUAGGGAUGUCCAUGAUGUGUUCCAUGUGUCGUCUUUGAAGAAGAGUUGGGGACAACUAGAGCCGUGUUUUGUUGACCCUGAACACAUUGAACUUCAGCCUAAUCUUUCUUAUGAAGUUGCCCCGACUCAGAUUGUGGAUUGGAAAGAGCAAAGGUUAAGGUCUAAGACAAUACCUUUGGUGAAGGUGUCAUGGGGCGAUCCGAUGGCUCAGGAUUUCUCUUGUGAGAGAGAAGCUGACAUGAGAGAGCAGUACCCGUAUUUGUUCGAUUGA